AUGAGUCAUCCCGGCUGGGUGAUGGUCUCAUUCCUCACCGAACUUCUAUCUCAAUCAUCCAAAGGAAUCGCCCAAUCACUGGAUAAUUGUGCGAAUGACACCGAAAUUAUCAAUGCAUUGCUCAAGGAUAGCUAUAAUAAGCACUACAUCCCAUCUCAUCCCACACACGUCCGCGUCGAUAUGUGGGUCCAGGAAGUGACAUCUGUUUCAGAACUAACACAAGAUUUUGAAAUUGGUAAUGCAUUACUUUUGUUACUUUUCAUACAGUUAUUUCCAGACCUCUACAUCAACGAAUUCUGGGAAGAUCCGGCGCUUGUCUACGAGGAUAUGAAUCCGUGUAAAAGGAAUAUCUCAUUCGACGAUAAGGUUUUGCAGAGGCUUUGGAUUCCGAACACUUGUUUUAUCAACUCGAAAAAUGCAGCGAUUCAUGAGUCACCGUUUCGAAACGUCUUCCUAAUGGUAUUCUCGAAUGGAACCCUUUGGACAAACUAUCGAAUGAAACUGACUGGUCCUUGUGAUAUGAAGUUGAAGAGAUUUCCGUUUGAUAAGCAGAAAUGUUAUCUCACUUUUGAGUCAUUCAACUACAACACUGGAGAAGUUCGAAUGUCGUGGAAUCAACCGUACCCAGUGAUUUUGUUGAAAAGGAUAGAUCUGCCGGAUUUCAAACUAGUCAACUUCAGUGUCAUUGCAGUAGAACAGAUGUACCCAGCUGGUUGGUGGGACGAAUUGACAGUGGCGUUUGUGUUCCAGAGAAGAUAUGGAUGGUAUGUUCUGCAGGGAUACAUCCCAACUAUGGUCACAAUUGUCAUUUCAUGGAUUUCGUUCUAUUUGGGACCGAGAGCAAUCCCAGCACGAACAAUGUUGGGUGUGAACUCUCUUCUUGCGAUGACAUUCCAAUUUGGAAACAUCAUUCGAAACCUGCCACGUGUCUCGUAUGUGAAAGCCAUCGAUGUUUGGAUGCUCUCCGGAAUGCUAUUCAUUUUCUUAUCACUUUUGGAGUUGGCAGUCGUUGGAUUCAUGUCCCGGAAUGAGGGUUUACCUCCAAAAGUCAAAAAACGAAAACGACAAGAAGAAGAUGACGAGGGAUUCUCGUGGAAGAGUAUGCAGACAAGCCCUCAUUUAGAAUUAAGACAGUUUUGGGUGGACAAACGAGUCAAUUCGUUGAGGAAUGAUAGUGGAGUACCUCCAGUGGAAGAUUAUGCACCAAUGGAACUUGAACAGCCGUAUCAGAAUAUUUCAAAACGAAGGGAAAAACAAAAAUGGUUCAGUGGGCUCAGGAAAAAAUGGAGAGCUCUUAAGGAUUUACGUCCUGAAACUGUGGAUUUUUAUAGUGCAAUAUUCUUCCCAACGGCGUAUAUGCUUUUCAACAUUUCAUACUGGAGUUUCUACCUGACAAGUCUUUCCGAGUAUUUCGAUGAGGAUGUGAAUCUGGAACAACCAUAA